AAGAUCGCGUAUGUUUGUGCAUUUUAAUUUCCGAAUCAGAGUGCAUAUAAAAAGAAGCUUGCGAUUUAACAUAUUAUUUAUCGAAGGAACGGACUUGGAAUACACUCGCAAGGAAAUUUGAACAAAUAUUUACGUGACGAUGGCGAACUUACGACAAAUAUUCUUGCCUAUAUACAUCAUAACAGCAUCGCGAACUCUGACGACUGAAUCGUGUCUUCUAAAACAAAGUGCAGAAUAUCCACGAGUGCCCAACCCUAUAAUAGAAGUGGAGAAGGCAAAGGAGCAUCGAGAGAUUGUUAGCGUUAACAUCCAAUCUACGAGUCCAGCAUUGAGAGAUGAUAGGAACAGAUCUCUUGACUCACCUAUCACUAACGUCCAAUCUGCGACUCCAGCAUUGAGAGAUGAUAGGAACAGAUCUAUUGACUCACCUAUCACUAACCUCCAAUCUACGACUCCAGCAUUGAGCGAUGAUAAGAAUAGAUCUAUUGACUCACCUAGCGAUAACCUCCAAUCUACGAGUCCAGCAUUGAGCGAUGAUAAGAAUAGAUCUAUUGACUCGCCUAGCGAUAACCUCCAAUCUACGAGUCCAGCAUUGAGCGAUGAUAAGAAUAGAUCUAUUGACUCGCCUAGCGAUAACCUCCAAUCUACGAGUCCAGCAUUGAGCGAUGAUAAGAAUAGAUCUAUUGACUUGCCUAGCGAUAACCUCCAAUCUACGAGUCCAGCAUUGAGCGAUGAUAGGAACAGAUCUAUUGACUCACCUAGCGUUGACAUCCAAUCAACGAGUCCAGCAUUGGGCGAUGAUAGGAACAGAUCUAUUGACUCACCUAGCGUCAUCAUCCAAUCUACGACUCCAGCAUUGAGCGAUGAUAGAAACAGAUCUAUUGACUCACUCAGCGUUAACAUCCAAUCUACGACUCCAGCAUUGAGCGAUGAAAGGAACAGAUCUAUUGACUCACCUCGUGUAUCUUUUGCUAUGACUGAAGAAAAGUAUUCGAAAAUGAAGUGGUUAGAAAUCGAUGAAGCAAAACUCAAGUCACUCGUCUGCUUGGGUAAAACAAAUGGCUUGGCGCAGAUUUCUUCGGGUAUUACUUCAGACGAUGAUAUAUGCAGACGGUCAACCUGCCCAUGGUAUAAUGUCAUUGAUCAUGAUCCUACUAGGUUUCCAACUACGAUCACCACAGCAAAGCCAAUUUCACCUUACUGUAGAGGGUCUCAUCUUGAGUGCGAUCGAGUGGAUCAAAAAAUAACUAUUCUCAGGAGGAGUGAGACGCCGGACUCCAACGGAAAUUUUAUUUGGACUCCAGAGGUGAUGCUUGUUCCAGUCGCGUAUACAUGUGCAUUCCCAAGAACGGCUGUCGUGCCGAACGAGGUUAUUCAUUUCGCCUAAGUUGUUUUGUGUGUGUUUUUUUCUUUUAUCAUAAAGGAAAACAUUUUUUGCCACUUUCUUCAUUUUGCAUUGCUUUUUGCACUGAACUUUAACAUUUACUACUGAAUUGCUCGUGUAAAUUUACAUUACAAUACCUUGUGCAAAUGCAUUUUUUAAUUACGUUUUAAGUUAUAUUUUACAUUGUAUUCGACAUAAAAUUUAAAAGACAU